AGGUGGGCGUGACUCCGUGUAGCCUCGGCUAGCUAAUGCUAGAGGAAAAUCAAUCCAGGGAAUAUUUGCAAAACCGAAAACGAAAUCGAUUGAGCAAAGCAGGGAGAGGGCAAAACACUGCUGCAGGAGGUUUACCUGCAACCCUUAUAAGAACCAAUGGCUACCGACAUGCCAAUGGACACGGUGCCGGCUCCUCACACUGCUCUCGCCUCACCCUCCUCGCCCUUUGACCCUGCCCCAGUCUCCCCUCCUGAUCUCAGCUCCAGUGGAGCCACAGACCAGGUUCCCACCCAGGAGCCAGCAAUGGCUGAAAUCCCUGACACAGCGGUGACCUCGGAACAGGAUACUGCACCAGAUCUGACCCCGGCUCUGCCCACAGACCCGGACAUGGUCCAAGCCCCCGUUCCAGGUGCUGAGCCAGCCCCUACUCCUCUGCAGCCAGUCAGCGCAAAAAACCCCAGCUGCAAGAUCAUGACCUUCCGCCCCACCGUGGAAGAGUUCAAAGACUUUGCCAAAUACAUCGUCUACAUGGAGAGUCAAGGAGCUCACCGUGCUGGCCUGGCAAAGGUAAUUCCACCAGAGGGCUGGAAGCCGCGGAGGUGCUACGACACCAUCGAGGAAAUGGUGAUUCCAGCUCCCAUCAUGCAGGUGGUGACGGGACAGUCAGGUCUGUUCACCCAGUACAACAUCCAGAAGAAGUCUAUGACUGUGGGCGAAUACCGCAAGCUGGCCAACAGCAAGAAGUACUGCACUCCCCGGCACAAGGACUUUGAUGACCUAGAGAGGAAGUACUGGAAGAACCUGACGUUUGUGUCACCCAUUUAUGGUGCUGAUGUCAGUGGCUCCAUCUACGAUGAGGACGUUCCAGAGUGGAACAUUGGCCAUCUCAACACUCUGCUGGACAUGGUGGAGCAGGAGUGUGGCAUUGUCAUCGAGGGUGUAAACACUCCCUACCUCUACUUCGGCAUGUGGAAGACCACGUUUGCCUGGCACACUGAGGACAUGGACCUCUACAGCAUCAACUACCUGCAUUUUGGACAGUCUAAAUCCUGGUACGCCAUCCCACCAGAGCACGGCAAGAGGCUUGAGAGGCUGGCACAAGGCUUCUUCCCUGGCAGCUCCCAAGGCUGUGAUGCCUUCCUUCGCCACAAGAUGACACUGAUCUCUCCAUCCAUCCUGAAGAAAUAUGGCAUUCCCUUUGACAGGAUAACUCAGGAUGAAGGGGAGUUCAUGGUCACCUUUCCUUAUGGCUACCAUGCUGGCUUCAACCAUGGAUUCAACUGUGCUGAAUCCACAAACUUUGCCACCCUGCGCUGGGUUGACUACGGCAAAAUGGCUGCCCUGUGUUCCUGUCGUAAAGACAUGGUGAAGAUCUCCAUGGACGUUUUUGUGCGCUGCCUGCAGCCGGAUCGCUACGAGCUGUGGAAACAGGGUAAAGACGUCACGGUGUUGGAUCACCUUAAGGCCACUGUGCUCAACAGCCCUGAACUAGAGCGCUGGAGGGAGCAACGUGUAAACCACAGAGCAAAUGUCUUGCGAAGGGCCAUGCAGAAGAUGAAGCAGUUCCGUCGUCUGAAGCUGGAGGAGGUUAAGGUGCUGGCCGAGGAAGGCAUUGAGCUAAAUGCGGUCGAGUACCAGCGUCAAGUGGAGGAGCGCGAGGCCCAGCGGAGGCAGGAGAGAGAGGAGCGUCUAGCCAAAGAGGCCAUGAUGACCCUGGAGGCCAUGGAGCGUGAGGAGCAGGAGGCUGCAGAGGCGGCUGCUAAAGCAGCAGAGACUCCAGGUGUAGAGGAACCAGAUGCCAAACCACCAAACCUGACAGAGGACACGGAGAAAAAGAAGCAGAAAAAACAGAAGAAGAUGUCAAAUAUCCCCAGCGCCAUCACUGGCUUUGAGGAAGCAUUUAGGCAGUUUGCUACAUCCAGCGUCAAGACUUCAAAGACCACUAGUCAUCCAGAGGGAGAAGACCCUCUGACGCCAGGGAGUGAAAUCCCAGCAGACAGCAAGCUGGAUGUGAGCCCCACUCAGGCAUGCUUCUCCAAGGUGAAGAUGCCCACAGAGGUGAAAAAGAGCCGCCGUCACCCACUCAGCAAGCCUCCAAAGCGCUCCCCUCUGUCCAUCCUCAAACAAGACCCCAGCAGCGACAAAGAGCUGUCCCCCACGAUGCCGUUGGACAGUGACAUGAAGAAACAGGAGCACCUGUGGCAGAAUCACUCGCCCAACUUCCUGGCAGAGAAGGCCUUCAAUGCUGCAGUGGCAGCACUCCAACCACACUGCGCUAUCUGCUCACUCUUCUGUCCCUACUCAAAGCCACACAAAGAUGUUGUUUCCAAUGACAACCAGCAAGCCUCCCCUUCCUGUCUGACCCGUCCACUGGUCCCAGAGAUGUGCUUCAGCGUUGGUGCAGGCAACACGGAGCCUCCACCCACCAACUAUCACAUCGGAGAGGAUGGAACCAGUCCUCUGCUCUGCUGUUCAUCUUGCCACAUGCAGGCUCAUGCCAGUUGUUACGGUGUGAAGCCAGACUCUGUCAGUGAUUCUUGGAUGUGCUCCAGGUGUGCAGCAGGAGCCUGGACAGUGGAGUGUUGCCUCUGUAACUUGCGGGGAGGAGCUUUGAAGACUACCACAGACAACCGGUGGGUUCACGUCAUCUGUGCCAUCGCUGUAGCAGAAGCUCGCUUCGUCAAUGCCAUUGAGAGGGAGCCGGUGGACGUCAGUGCCGUUCCAGAGACACGCAAGAAUCUGAAGUGUGUGUUCUGCCACGGGAAGACAGCCAAUCAGAACCGCGGCGCCUGCAUCCAGUGCUCAUACGAGAACUGUGCCACCUCCUUCCAUGUUACCUGCGCCCAAAUCGCCGGAGUUAUCAUGACGCCAGCCGACUGGCCUUACGUGGUGUCUGUUACCUGCCACCGGCAUAAAAGGGCCCCUGUGAAGCCUCGGACAGCAGUUAAAGGCCAGCAGGGUCUGAACCUGGGCCAGAGGGUGAUCGGUCGCAACAGUGAUGGCUGGUACUACCACUGUACCAUCAUCGGCAUGGCAACGCAGACCUUCUACGAGGUCAACUUUGACGACGGCUCGUACUGUGACAACCUGCACCCAGAAAACAUAUUGAGUCACGACUGCCUGCGCACCGGUCCUCCUGAGGUGGGGGAGCUAAUUGUAGUCCACACGGCAGAGGGUCAGGUCGUCAACGCUUCUUUUGUGCGACAGCACACCCACAAGUUCUACCAGGUCGAGUUUCAGGACCUGAGUCAGCUGAUGCUAAAACAUUCAGAGAUCCAUCAGUUGGACCAGGAUCUACCCAAGAGGGUCCGAGCCAGACUGGCCAUACCUGUACCACAGGUGGAGGUUUCCCCGGCUGAUGGAGCUCAAGCAGCAAAACGCCCCCGUCUGCCAUCAGGCUCAGCUUCACACACUGAAACCUCCAUGGAGACGACAGAUGUAGCAGCACCAGCAGCAGAACACCACAGUAUUCAUACACUGCAGACCUCACAACCUCUGUCUCAGCUCACCGCGACAACACAUGAUGCCCAAGCCUCAACCAACGGUCUUCAAAUGGACGCUGAGACCCCCAUGGACACCAGCGUGGCCCUCACCGACGCUCUAACAGAGUCAACACUGGCGUCAGAGCCCACGUCGGUCCCGCAGACCACUCCUUUUUCAGUCGACGUUUCCUACAUGGAGAGCCUCCUCCACUCACAUUUCCCUCAGGACAGUAGCCCCGGAUCCCUGUAUUAAAAAAAAAAAAAAAAAAAAAAAAAAAGACUCCACUAGGUUAUUACUCAGCCAGUGGAGGCUGAGCCAAUAGGAAGUAAGCUAAUGGAGGUGGAUUCUACUGAGUGCUGUAUUAAUGGACAAAAACAUUUCCUCCACCGGUGCUGAGGGCUCAGCUCAGGACAGGAGCAGGAAAAGACACACAAGCACUCUUUUAAUGCAUGUUACUUUUCUAUUUUUGAGUUAAUGUAUUUGCAGUGGUACUUUAGCUUGCUCCGAAGCAGCAGCUAAAGUAGGCUUUUUUUAUUUUUAACAUUAUUAUUGUUUGUUGUGUUUCAGGCCUUUUUGGGUUUUUUUCCGCAAAGCUGCUUGUCACCUCCAUCUUAAUAGGAACACAUCUCUGGGUGGUACCAACUCCAUACCUCGUUGCAUUAAUUCAGUAACGGCACACUCCCGUUUUCUUUUGUAUAGGAAGCUAAUUACUAUGAAGACCUCUAAGCAUUGAGGCCCCCAGUGGUCUUCACUUCUUCUUCGUUCUUUUUUUAAUCAAACAACCAGCAACAAAAUGUCUAUUUUUCAAUCCGGCCACUCGUGGCUUUGAAACUGUUUGGUGGAACUUAAGUGUCACAUUGUCCUUCUCCAGGAUAUUUUCAGUGAAGUGUUGGAUUGCAAGAGGUAAAAGGGGGUGGGGGGGUUGGGGGAUCGGGGUAAAAACUGUAUUGUAGGGGGAACUCAGUAUUUAAAUGUCUUAGUCCAAUAUUGAAAUAAUUAUUUGUAAUAGAAGAAACAUGUUGAAUGCAAACACUAGUAGAUUUGUCUGCAGGAUGCAUUUUUGUGAAGAUGUGUCUCAGUAGUAAACAGAUGAGAUCUUUAUGUGUUGACAUCAUUUAACUGUCAUUUGGCAGCUCCACUUUUCACACCCAAAAACUAUCUCAGGGUUCCUACAUGUCAAAAAAAGAAUUUCACUGAACAUCCAAGUCUUCACACAGUCGAGAAGUACAGAACAGUCAUAAUUGGCACAUGAAUAUAUCCGUUGUUUAUAUUGUCAUAUUGCUCUUGCUAACAGUCUGUCCACUAUAAUAAGUGAUAUCUUUGUUUACUGUCACUUUUCUACGGCUAGCACAUGAACUGGCCGAAACUAUGAAGUCAAUUUAAAGGAUCAAAGUCUGAUUAUUCGAAAAAAGUAAAUAUGUAUAUGUAGGAACCCUAAAAUCUGGAAAUAUUUUGUACCAUUCUUGGUUUAAAUUGUAUGUUUAAGUCAAUAUUGUAUAACAAUGUCUGUUUUUUCUAUUCCUGUAUACUUUAUAUGUUCGUUUUCUGAAUUGAAUUCACAAACUUGGCUGAUUUAAAAUAUUAACUUUAUUUUUUAAAGAUUUUCACAGGACUAUUACUCAGUUUGUACUGGUAAAUGCAUUUUCUUUUCUUUGGUAUGGCCAUGUUGUGCUUCAGAGGUGCUACAGAGACUUUAAACUACUGAUGGACUGGACUUACUUUCCCAACACUGUCACCUUGUACAUACCGCAGGCCAUGUGUAUUGUGAUUCAAAUUUGUAAAUGUCACAGAUAUCUUUCUUUUUCUUUUCUUUAUUUCUGUCACCUUAAACUGAAAUGAUGGGACACAUCUGUGUUCCUGUAUUCAAAUGAUAUCCAUCAAGAAAAUCUUAUUUCAUAGGGAUUAAAGUGGGUUGCUAGUC